AUGUCUUCGCGGUUAAGUUUUAAGGAUAGGGUUGUUAUUAUUACGGGAGCCGGUGGGGGGCUUGGGAGAGUGUAUGCUUUGGAGUAUGCGAAGCGUGGGGCCAAGGUUGUUAUUAAUGAUCUUGGUGGAACUUUAGGUGGUGCAGGGCACAAUAGUAAGGCAGCGGAUGUUGUUGUGGACGAGAUUAAGAAGAUGGGGGGGGUAGCGGUGGCUAAUUAUGAUUCUGUUACUGACGGGGAGAAGAUUGUUAAAACUGCGAUUGAUGCGUUUGGCAGGGUUGAUGUUGUUGUGAAUAAUGCGGGGAUCUUGAGAGAUGCGUCUUUUGCUAAGAUGACGAGUGCACAGUUUGCUAUGGUUGUUGAUGUGCAUUUGACCGGAGCGUACAAGUUGUGUAAGGCUGCGUGGCCAUACAUGAAGAAACAGAAGUUUGGGCGUAUUAUCAACACUUCGUCGCCAGCGGGGUUGUAUGGUAAUUUUGGGCAGACUAAUUAUUCAGCUGCGAAGUUGGGUCAAGUUGGGUUGGCGGAGACUUUGGCUAAGGAGGGUCAUAAUUACAAUAUUAAGGUGAAUGUGAUUGCGCCGUUAGCAAGAUCUAGGAUGACUGAAGGGUUGUUGCCAGCACAUAUUUUGAAGCAGUUGGCUCCGGAGAAGGUGGUUCCUAUAGUUUUGUAUUUGACUCAUGAGGAUACCGAUGUGACAAAUGCUAUUUUUGAACCUGCUGCGGGUUACAAUGGUCAAGUGAGAUGGCAGCGUUCUUCUGGGGAACUGUUCAAUCCAGACGAGAGUACCUACACUCCUGAGGCUAUCUUGAACAAGUUCGGUAAGAUCUUGGAGUUUAAGGACAAGCCUUUUAAAGCGGUGGAAUACCCCACGCAGCUCGCAGAUUAUAAUGCGUUGAUUUCAGCUGCUAGAAAGUUGCCACCAAAUCCCCAAGGAAGUGUGAAGCUUACUUCUUUGCGGGACAAAGUUGUGAUUGUCACUGGUGCUGGUUCUGGUUUGGGUAAAUCACAUGCGUUAUGGUUUGCGAAGUAUGGUGCUAAAGUUCUUGUUAAUGAUAUCAAGGAUCCUACUGGAGCUGUUAAUGAGAUCAACAGUCUCUAUGGUAAUGGGAAGGCCAUAGCCGACAAGCACAACGUCGCCACUGAAGCUGUGCAAAUUGUUGCAAAUGCUUAUAAGUCCUUUGGUCGUGUUGACGUUUUAGUUAAUAAUGCUGGUAUUUUGAGGGAUCGUUCCUUCGCCAAGAUGACGGAUGAAGAAUGGAACUCGGUUUUGCAAGUUCACCUCUUUGCAACUUUUGAAUUAUCUAAGGCUGUGUGGCCAAUCUUUAGUAAGCAAAAGUCCGGUGUGAUUAUUAACACUACUUCUACCUCUGGUAUCUAUGGUAACUUUGGUCAAGCUAACUAUGCUGCUGCAAAGGCUGCUGUUCUAGGUUUUUCGAGGUCUUUGGCGGUAGAAGGUGCCAGGAACGGAAUCAGGGUUUACAUUAUUGCCCCACAUGCCGAAACUGCUAUGACUAAGACAAUCUUUUCCGAAAGGGAGUUCCAAAACCAUUUUGAACCUUCACAAGUUUCUCCACUUGCGGUUCUUCUUGCCUCUGAAGAAUUGUCCAAGGAAUACCGUAAUGCGUCUGGGUUGCUAUUCGAAGUUGGAGGUGGUUGGGUAGGUCAUACAAGAUGGCAAAGAGCGAAGGGUAUUGUCAGCUUGACAGACGAGACCCCAGAAUUUGUAAGGGACAAUUGGAAACAUAUAACUGAUUUCUCUAAGCCUUUCCACCCUGUCAACAUCGAUCAUGCCAAUAGCGCAACAUUACAACGUGUAACUAUUGCUACGACUGCUUUACAAACUACCGGGGUGUUUGAAUACAGUAACCGUGACUCCAUUAUUUACAAUCUGGGCUUAGGUGCUACUAGCAAGGAAUUGAAAUACACCUACGAGAACGCUUUAGACUUCCAAGUAUUGCCUAGUUAUCGUAUUGUCCAAGCUAUGACUGCAGGAAAUGUUGAAUUUGCCUCUCUAGCCAAGAACUUUGAUUAUACCAUGUUGUUGCACGGUGAGCAAUAUUUGAAGCUAAACGAAUACCCAGUUCCAACUUCUGGUAAGGUGAAGAUUGAAGCCAAGCCCGUUAGCGUAGUGGACAAGGGUUCAAAGGCUGCUCUGCUUGUUAUCGGCUAUAACAUUGUUGAUGCUAAUACUGACAAGUUGGUUGCAUACAGUGAAGGUUCUUACUUUGUUAGAGGUGCUUAUGUUCCUCCAAACAUGGUCAUUAAAAAUCCACGUCCAAAGUUCGCUACAACUCCCUUCCUUGCACCAUCUAGAGAUCCUGACUUUGAACUCGUUGUCCCUACUAGUAAAGACCAAGCCGCUCUAUACAGAUUGUCGGGCGACUAUAACCCACUACACAUUGACGGUGUUGUUGCCAAGAUGGCUAAGUUCCCUAGACCUAUCUUGCACGGAUUAGCCACUGCAGGUAUCACUCUGAAAAAACUAUCUGAGAAGUUCGGUCAAUACACUGAGUUGAAGGUUAGAAUGUCAGACAUAGUGUUCCCUGGUGAUAGAUUGAAGAUCCAAGCAUGGAAAGCGGAUGGUGGUUUAAUCAUUUUCCAGACUAUUGACAUUGACAGAGACAACGCGGUUGUUUUGAGUAAUGCUUGUAUCAAGCUAGUUGGUAGCUCCUCGAAGUUGUGA